UCGCUGGUCAUAAAUCUGUCGGCAGUCUGUUCGCGGAAGCUUUUAGGUCCGGACCUUUUGCGCGGCAUACUUUCGGGCCCCAGUUGGAAAUGGCCCUGCUCCACUAUACCUUUGACCAACUUGAGUUGUACUUGAAGUGGGCCUUCGCCCAGCAUGGGGAGGCCACCCCUAGCACCUCGAUCCAACCGUACCCGGGUGUUUUUGUCGGGGACCUCAGCCAGCUCAACCGCUUCAAACGGAACGCCUUCUCCGCCGUGGUGGGCACCCUGUUCGUCCUAGCCUUCGCCGGGAAUCUGUCCACCCUCUAUGUCAACACCCGCCGGAAACUGCGACCAUUCUUUAGAGCCUGUCUAAUAUCGCUGGCCUGCAGUGAUCUCGUCUCCAGUGUCUUCUGCACCGUAUCUUAUAUGGCUCAGUUCCAGGCAGAGUAUCUGCAGCUUUGGACAAUUGGUGGCUUUAUGUGCAAGUUUGUGCCGUUCAUAACCACCACAUCGGUGUUGUCCGGUAGCCUAACCCUGGUGGCCAUUGCCCUGGAUCGCUAUUUGGCCAUUAUGAGGGCCGUGCUGGGAUUCUGGAACCCCGACAUCCGCUUCAGCAGUCUGUGCAUGCUGCUCAUUUGGGCAUGUUCGAUUGGGGCCUCUGGACCGCUGCUCGGAAUCUAUGAAUACAAGAAAAUCUUCCUCCUGGAUAUGGAGGACUCGUCCGAACAGGCCGAGAAAGUGACAACGGCAGUGCCCGAGGAACUGGUGGUCACCGAAUUGGAAUUGGUCCACAUGUGCCUGGCCGGAGACCACGAUGUCGGACUCUACUACGUCAUACUGUUCACCCUGAUUUUUCUGCCGUGCAUAGUGUCCUUCAUCUGGUUGAAUGCCACGAUUGCACGGCAGCUGUGGCUGAGGAGGCACUACCACCAGGAGCAGCAGGUGCAGCAGCAGGAGCCCAAGGAGGGUCACUUUAAGUCCAUGGGCAAUGGCGGGGAUCUCCUGAUGCCCUCCACUCUGGUCAGCGCCAUAGGUGUAGCCCUGCCUUUUGCGCUGGAGAAGUCUUCUCUUCCACAUAAAAGUCCUGUCAAGGAUCCUGUUCCCGUCAAGAAGAACACAACUGCUGCCGUGGCCAGAGAGGCCAGACAUCGCAGGAUGGUGGUGGUGGUGCUCCUGAUGAUGGCCGUCUUUAUAUGUCUUCGACUGCCAGCCUGGGUGUUCCUGAUCAUGCGACUUUAUGGAUCCUAUUCGGAGCCCAUCGACUGGCUGCUGUACUUCAGUUUUGGAAUACUAAAUCUGUUUAGUUGUGCCCUAAACCCGAUCUUCUACACCUUCCUCACCCAAACUAUCAAGACGGUGUCCCUGGUUAAGCACAAAACCCUUGGAUUCUUUGGCUGCGGUCCUAGUAAGGUUCAGGAUGCGAUGCCCACGGAGCAGAUGAAUAAAAGCAGGUGCUGCUGUGGUUUGAGGCCACCCACCUUCACCUGGCGCUGCUAUCCCGGACGGGAUAUGGCACCCACCACUGUAAUCCGGGAUAUGGAACAGCCGGAUCAGGACUCUGGCAAUGACCACCAGGAUCCGAGUAGCCUGAAUCGAUUCCUCAGCUUCAAGCGGGAAGUUUUCACUAUUUACAAGCAGUGCGAUGACUCGUCGAGUGCGUCAAUCGAGUCCUCUGCCUGAUAGGCGGGGCUCAUAAAUCACUCGAGUGCAUUUGUCGGAAACGGGGGCCAACGGUUAGCAUGAAGCAGAACUUGAUUGAUGGAUCCAGCCCCCGCCUGAACAGCCGCAAAAACGGUUUGUCACGGUGGGCAUAUCACCUACAAAUACGCAUAUAAGCGCACAUAUUAUGUACCUCAUUAAACGUGUAAAUAUGAGAAUAAAGUGAAUGGG